GCAGUGUUGGUUGAGUCCAGGGUUCCAGUUGAAUGCUAUUGUUUUGUAUCAUCUUACACUUUAAAAGUAAUUUUUUGAGUUGAAUGUUAAAUUGCUUGUUACUAGAGGAAGUAUUUUUCAAGUAGAUCUGACGAGCCACUUUUUACAGGGUAUGGUAGUUUCUCUGUGUCGCUCUGAGAUAGAAAAGGCCAAACUUUAGUGACAUUUCUCAAAUGAUAAAAUGCUACUUGUGACUGUGUUUACAUGCAGGAUAAAACAGAGCUCAGUACUGUGGCUCAUGCGCAUUUGGAAAUUGCAUGUAUCAAGUUGGUCCCCCUCCUUUUUCACAAGCCUACUCUGCCUGUGCCUCUGCUGUUAUCACUGUGUGUGAGUUCAUGUGAGUUUCCUUUCAACAGGCUUUCUGAGAAAAAGUAAAGGAAGGCCUGUAGGCCCUCCCUCCCAACCGCCCAUGUUCCAUUGAGAUCUGAGCUCAAGAAGCCAGUCCCCGUGAGGGAUACAGUAAGCAAAACAAGCUGCUCUCAUAACAGCACAGAGUCUUAGAGAGGGUUUAGUACAGCAGGUCAUUGCCUUCAUACAUUAUAUACACACCGCUUUACUGGAUUUUACCCUUCACAAAAGCCCACUAAGCCGUAUAGGAAGAGACAUCAAAUCUGAAAUCCACAAUAAAUUUGAGACGACUGCAACUUAGAGAAGAUUUAAAGAAGAAAAGUCAUUCAGAAGAGGACGAAGUACAUACCAAACUGCACUCCAAGGAGAAAACAACAGGAGGUAACAUUAUUGCAGAAGCGGUGAAUAAAUCAUUUUGUUAAAGAUGUCGACCACUGCUGUUCCACUCUCUAACACGGGUAAUGGCUACACCAUUGUGACCCACGUGAUCCCCCCACCAACAUCAACUGAAAUUGGGGAAAAUAUCUCCACUGGAGGACCACUUCAGAAAUUUCUGAAAGGAGAACCAAAAGCGUUAGGAACCGUCCAAAUAAUGAUUGGAUUGAUGACAUUCAUGUUUGGCAUAGUGAUAACAAUCCAUACUGAUCUCGUCAUCACUGUCUACAGUGGAAUUGCAUUUUGGGGUGCUUUGAUGUACAUCAUUACUGGCUCUCUUGCUGUUGCUGCAAGUAACAAGCUUCAUCGCUGUGUGGUGAAGGGUGCUCUGGUGAUGAAUGUGUUGAGUUCGAUAGUUGCAGGAACAGCCAUCAUUCUGCUUUCCCUGGAUUUCGUCAUAUCAGCAUUAUUGACGCACUGCCGUUAUGAUUAUGAUGGCAGUUUUAAGUGUAACAAGAGCCAGACCACUGGGAUCAACGCAGUGCUGCUUAUUUUCUCUAUAAUGCAGUUCAUCAUUUCCAUCUGCGUCUCAGCUUUUGCCUAUAAAUCCACCUGCAAAGCUGAACCUUCUGUGAAUGUCACUGUGGUUCCAAACCGAGUAGGAUGUUGUUCAGUGGUCAAUCCAUUCCCUGCCCACAACAUACAACAGUAUCCAAUGUACGCAAUCAGUGGUGCCACCAUGAACAGUCCACCAAUGGAAAGUCCUCCAGAGUACACAGAGAUAAAAUGCCAGCCAGAGAACUGAGACUACACAAUUUCCAUAUGAAACACCACAAUAGCUCUAUAUAUGUCACUUCACUAUGUACACUUCCUUGUAUCUAUGCUUACUGACCAUUUUAUCAUAUAGGAGCACUUUGUAGUUCUACAAUUACUUUGUUACCCUAUUCUUCAAAGGUCAGGACCCAUUCCUCACUCUUAGUUUAAUAAUGCCUCAAUGAUUUUGCAUUGGUGACCAAGUAAAUACUGAACAUUAAGCCUUAAAAUGUGGACAUACAAAGAAUUUUUUAAAAAAAGGGUGAUUGGAAUGCUGAGAGUAAGAAAAUGCAAAAGACAAACCAGUCUACCAAUUGGUAGAGCGAAGAUCAAGAUCAACAUUGUACCACUUAUAAUCCACCGUGUGAGCACUGGGACAGUGGUGAUGAACGAGGAGUGGUGGCGCUAUCAAGGGGCUCUGGAAUGCCAGGAAUAUGAGUACUGUAAAUCCCAGUGUCUGCUGCGUAAGACCCAAGGAGUAGUGUGCAUACUCAGCAUAUGGAGAGGGCAUGGCACACAUAAAUGGAAAAAAUGUGAAUACUGAGGGGAAACAGAACUGAAGGGUUUACUGCAAGACCACCUUACAUAAAAAAUGAAAGAAAAUGAGAAAUACAUUUAGUGCAUGUCUGAUAAAUACAAGUAACUGAAACUUUACAGUGUAAGGUAGAGAAAACUACAUUUAUUCUUUGAAAGAAUCUUAGCAGAAUUGUUACUUUCAGUGAGCAAAUUUCUUUAUUUUUGUAAUUGUUGAACAAUUUUUUUUUUCCUUUUUGUAAUUGAUGAGCAAAUGUCUUCCUUUUUGUAAUUGCUGAGCAGAUUUCUUCCUUUUUCCAAUUAAAAGUCACUAAUUCAUUUCACUCUUAGCCUAAUUGUAAUUCACUCUGUAAAUGUCUGCUAAAUGUUCAGCACUGGGAUAUAAACAUUUAAAAUGGUGAACCUGGUUAACUUUGGAUUAGGUACUGUAAAAUGUUUAAAUAUGAUCAAUUAAUAUUUUUAUUUAUUAAUUACUGUAUGGAGAUGUCCUACUGACUACGCAGUGUAAUUGACAAUGUGUUAACACGUAUAUGACAUUAAAAUCCAUAUUCAUUAAUUGGUUGUGAGCCUCUAAAAAUAUUAACUAACAGUGAGGAGUUUGGACCUUAGUUCAGAUACUGAAAAAAAACUCAGUAACUAAUAAAUGUAUAGCUUCAACAUAUAGUUUGCAAGCAUAUAUGAACCUCAGACUAAUUCUGUACUAAUUCUGUUACCUACUUUAUGAAAUUAAAAAAGGUCUAGAAUUAAUGAA